AGCUCAGACCGAGCACGCCAACUGAGGGAGUCCCUUUGGCGGUGCGUUCCGCACUUUGAGGCCUACGGGUGGUCCAGUUCAGGCGAUGCCCCGCUACGUGGCCUCGCCUGCAGGGGCGAGAAAGGGCGGUGCCAUGGCGCUGUCGAAGGCCAUUGCCCGGCAAGAGAAGAGGCCGGAUGCGCGGGCAAGGGACUCCCCGGCGAGCGAUGCUUCUUUUGGGGCCCGCUCCUCUCCGACCUCGGAAAAGCCCGGCCCAGGCACAAGGCCGAGAAUGCCCGCAGAAGUGCCGCAGACCGCGCCAGCGCCGGCGCCAGCGCCGGCGCCAGCGCCGGCGGUGUCUCUCAACAGGGAGCGCCAGAGUGAUGGCCUGCUGAAGGCGCGCUCGGUGCUCGUGGCGGGCGAGGAACCAGGGCCAGCGCCGGCGCUGCGCUCGGAUGCGCCAGAGCGACGGGCGAUGAAGCGGGCGCAGACGGCCAGUUUCCAGCCCGACGAGACUCUCGCGUCGCCUGCGUCUGCAAAGAGCUCCCCGAGCGCCCGGCUGAACAGGACCCGUUCCAUGCCCUUGGCCAACGACCUGGCGGCCUCCCCUGGUGGUGGACGACCCCUCACGGCUGACUCUCUGCCCAAAGGGCCAAGCCGCAGGUCUCCAGUGAUAGAGCCUCAGGUCCAAGAGCCUUCGCCCGUGAGCGAGGACAUGCCGUCGCCGGGACGCUCCACUCGGCAGGAGCCAGUCUUGAGGAGGCGAACGGCGCUGGUGGCCAUGUGCGCGGGGCAAGCGGAGACUGCGGCGCAGAUCAAGAGCCUCUUCGGGUGCGGGAACCGAGUGGAUCCCAAAGUCUGGACCGCCUGGGUGGAGAACUUGGCGCACUCGGGCCAAUCCCAGCCAAUGGCCGGGCAGCUGUCGGAGGUGGAUCAUGAGAGCAUCCGCGCCAAACAGGCCGUGGACAGGGAACACAUGGAGUUCCUGAGCGACCACCGGGUUUUGCAAGACCUCCAGAACGCGCCAGCCUCUGCAAGGGCCAAACGGUCCACAACGCCCCGGGCAAUGUCGGCAGCUUUCACCGACCGUGGAGUUCGCAUGCGCGAAGGCCUGGCGACCCGCUCGCUCCUGCGCGCAUCCCCGCAGACCUACGACGAGAUCGUGGGGCCGAAGCACAAGGCGGGAUGCCAAUGCCGCAGCUGCCAACCUUUCCCAGUUCGAGCAGCAGGACAGCCAACCCACGCCUGUGCGCACAACAUCGUGGCGGAUCCUGCCUACGCUGGCAAGCGCAGAGAUCAAGGGGUGCAGAGCCCGAGCAAUGGAGUUCGGAAGGCCUUGGAGUAUGCUCAAGGCUGCGCCCAGGACCACGAGCUCCUCUUCCAGCAGAGCAUGAAACGAAAGGGCCGGCUGACUGCUGACAUCACGGGCGCCGGGCAGCACCCGCGGCCCAAGCUGGAGGGCCACAACAAGAAGGCUCCAGAGGGCGGCAACCCCAUGAUGAUGAGAUCCGGGGCCUCCCACAUCUUGAACCCCCGCGAAGAUGAUCCUCCACCUCCCGAUCGGAUCUGCACUGCGCGGAAGGCCCGAGGCGAGUUUAAGGAGGGCUAUUCCGCGGAGUGCAACAAGAUGGCUAUCAAUUGGAACCAGGACCUAUACAGGUUCGAGGUGCUGGCCUAUGGGGGCGAGGGCACCCGGCCGCUGUACCGCUCCACGUCCUGCCCGCCAAAGCACAGCGCGCGAAACCCCGUCACGGGCGAGCAGCAGGACGGAUACCGGACUCCACGUCGGCCAACGGAGCACGAGCAGAAAGCAAGGGAGAUGUCAGGCCAAGGGGUCCGGCUCUUGACCGACCACAGCAUCCUGGAAGAGAAGGCUCAGCAGCACCGCGAUGGUCGCCUCACCGGGGACGAGAACUUCGCGAAGCUUUGCAAAGCUGGCGUAGAGCUUGGAGCUGCCAGACAUGCAGAGGUGUCGAAGAUCAAGGCCACGCAGUGGAGGGGCCUGUCAACCAACGUAGCCAAUGCACUCAGGUGGGAGGACUGACUUGGCGCAGCGUGCUAGUCUCAAAGUAGGUUCGCGCAGCAAAGCUGGCACCCUUAGCUCUGUAGAUCCAAGAGCUGGGCUCGCGGAGUCCGUCCUUCCAUCUCCUCUUGCAGGGCUUCGU